AUGGAAUGGGUCCAGAGGUAUAUCGCACAGUUUGGAGGUGACCCAGACAAUGUGACUGCCGUUGGCCAGUCUGCUGGAGGUAUAUCGAUCGGUCACCACAUGGUUGCGAACGAUCCGAUGAAAUUUCAUCGCGCUGUGUGUAUGUCAGGGCUGGGGAGUACACUUCGUCCUCGAACUUUACAGGAGCAUGAAAUCCUUUUCAAUGCUACAUGCCGACAUUUUUCUAUUGAGCCGAGAUCAUCUGAUGCCCUGAAUCAGUUGCGACGGGUCGACCAACAGGUCCUGGCCGAUGCAGACAACGUCAUCCAAAAUGUGACUGUUGGCACAGGCAAUCCGUGUGACGAUGGGUGGUUCUACGCGCGCAGUCCUAACGACGUGUCCAAAGCACCAACCUGGCUGAAAUCAUUUCUCAUAGGUGAUGUUCACGACGAAGGGGUCGUCUUCACUGAGAAUCUUCAAAAGGAUACUUACGACACAGUCCGCAGCACAAUGAUAACACAUGUUCUGAAUAAGACUUUUGUCGACAAAGUUCUCAAACUGUACCAUAUCCACGCAGGAGUCACAGAAAAAGACCUUAUCAAUCGAGUAUGCAACAUGGGUGCCGACGCCGUCUUCAAAAUCCAAAACUACGAAACCACACUUGUGAACAGACGCCUCCAGGAGGAAAAGGCAUUGGUCAAAUACCACUUCGAUCAACGCUCUCGUCUCCCUAACAUCCUGCACGGCAAAGCAUACCACGGCAUUGACGUUCUCUAUCUUUUUCGGAAACCUUUUAAUAAGGACGAGCUUGCCAUGGCUCUCGACUUUCAGUCGGCAUGGAUUCAAUUCAUCAACGGACAGACGCCAUGGCAAAGCGAUCACAGUAUCUGGAAGAUCUGGGGUCCGAAUUCUCUAGCAAGAGUUGAAACGGAGCGGGAAGACGAGGCUAUUCGUCGCUAUUCCCGAUUCAAAGGUUUAUUGGCUCUGGGCGCGGCCGAUCAUCUUUGGGACAGAUAUCUUGAUGCGAUGGACUUUUUGCUGAUGAAGCGCGAUAACGUCGGUAAAGGUGAACGAGGGGAAUGA